AUGAUUCCCGUCCCACAAGCCGAAAGCCUCAAGGACCUCUUCAGCCUUAAGGGCAAGGUCGUCGUGGUCACUGGUGCCUCCGGGCCCCGUGGCAUGGGCAUUGAGGCCGCCCGUGGCUGCGCUGAGAUGGGCGCUGACCUCGCCAUCACCUACUCGUCCCGCCCUGAGGGUGGCGAGAAGAACGCAAAGGAGCUGCAGGAGCAGUACGGAGUCAAGGUCAAGGCCUACAAGUGCAAUGUGGGCGACUGGGACAGCGUGCAACAGCUCGUCAACGACGUCAUCAAGGAGUUUGGCAAGAUCGACGCCUUCAUUGCCAACGCCGGCCGCACCGCCGACAGCGGCAUUCUCGAAGGCUCCGUCAAGGAUUGGGCCGAAGUCAUCCAGACCGAUCUGACCGGAACUUUCCACUGCGCCAAGGCCGUCGGUGCUCACUUCAAGCAGCGUGGCACCGGCAGCUUCGUCAUUACCUCCUCCAUGUCCGGCCACAUCGCCAACUUCCCCCAAGAACAGACCUCAUACAACGUCGCCAAGGCCGGCUGCAUCCACAUGGCCCGCUCUCUGGCCAACGAAUGGCGCGACUUUGCCCGUGUGAACAGCAUCUCUCCUGGAUACAUCGACACUGGUCUCUCUGACUUCGUCGAUCAGAAAACCCAGGAUCUGUGGCUCUCCAUGAUCCCCAUGGGCCGCCAUGGUCAGGCUAAGGAGCUGAAGGGUGCUUACGUUUACUUGGUUAGCGACGCUAGCACUUACACCACCGGCAGCGAUCUGCUCAUCGACGGUGGAUACUGCGUGCGGUAA